UCUCAGACCUUCCUGGAACGUCGACGGAAGCAGGUGGCGAUAUUCAGGUUUGAACUGACUCGCGAGGCCGUCUUGCUUAGUGUCGAGACCUCAUUCCAGGUGGCAGACAGCCGAAAGCGUGUCACAUACGUUCGUGCGCGCCGCGCUGGAAGGUCGAAAGUGGUCGUUGUGCAUUAUAAUACGCGAAAGCAUCAAAAAAGAUACCUGAAAUUGCGCUACGUAUUUGUGAAAGAACAGAUUGGCGUGAUUCGCAAAAUCUGUCUCAAGCGUUCUUGAUUGAGGCAAUCGAUAUCGCUAAGACAGGUGAAGUCAUUGUUCCAUUCAAACGUUCUGCUUCUCUUUCCCACACACAAUUUUGUGUUCCUCUCCAUCUGCGUCGCGUGGCUCGCGAAACAGAAUGAGGCACUCGCGCUGGUGAUUUCGAUGCACGGUAGCGAAAACAACUGGAAAAUCGAAGAGAAGAUCGCGAGAAUAUCACGGGUGCGGUUGUUACGCAGUGACUCGACGUUCGCCAUCGCUUGCGAUCUCUCAUUUGGCUGAAGAAUAAUUAUAAAUGCCAGGACGAAAAGACGAAAAGACUAGAAGUAAAAACAGAGAGACAUGUCUGACAGACGUGAAACCAGUCAUUAAGACUGUUCAAGGACAAUGUUGAAGCGAGGAUUAUGAAAACGUCGCGCGUAUCAAGAGCGAAACACUGCGUUGAGCGAGACUGCAGCAAGCGACGACUCGGGACAACGAGCCAGAGAAUCUAGUGCUAGAAAAGAAAACGUCGGUGAUACACGUGAACGAGGACGGUCUUUCUAGUCCUUUCUCAUCAUGUAUCGGCCGAACUUUUACGAAAGCACGUGUCUGAGAUGCGCUCAGACUGUCUACCAAGUCGAUAGAGUGGGUCCUUUGAAGGACUUCACAUUCUUCCACGCGGGCUGCUUCAAAUGCGCAAUAUGCGGCACUAAACUCACUCUCAAGACCUACUACAACAAUCAGCACACAAUCAAUGACAAAGAAGUGUACUGUAGCAGUCAUGUGCCCAAACCCGGACCCGGGACCCUGGACGGAUCCAGCGUGGGUAUCAGGAGUGCCCUUAAUGUGCCCAGAAGCGGUUACGUUAACGAGCAGAUCAGAGCUGGAGGCGCGUCGCCUCGUGGCGUCUAUCCACCUUGUUACGAUAAUGUAGACUCGCCUAAUUAUGCCAGGCACCUGAACGGGCACAGCUCGCCGCCGGCGGCCAACUCGUCCCAGCGCGACGGCAUCCACGGCGGCACCGGCGCUUCCUUACCGUACAAUCACAAUUAUUCAGGUGACGGCAGCUAUCAGUAUGGCAGGUUCGACGCGAGCGCCCUUCACAUCGCCCAUGCGCUCAAGCAAACCGAGCUGCAGAAGGGCUACAGCAAGGCCCGCGAGAAGCCCAUUGACUAUUAUUUGGAUCGCGAUGAGCAGACGCGUCUCGAGAUGAAACAUCGAAAAGAAGAGGAUGAUUUAUAUCGAAAGUUCGCACAUCAUCGCGAAGAAGAGGACAGACGAAUUCGCGAGGAAUUCCGAGACGAGUGGGAGAAGGAGCUGGAGCAAUUGUCGGCGAGAUGGGAACGAGAAAAAGGCGGAAGAACUCGAACCCAACAAUUUCAGCAGGAGAAGGAAGACUUGGAGAAAAACAUGACUCUACGCAGGGACAAAAAGAAAGAAAGUCUCACGCGCAAGAUGCUGGAGCACGAACGGGCGGCAACCGCUGCGCUGGUAGAGAAACAAAGCUCGGAAAUGCUGGAGCUGAUCAAUGAGGCGAGAAGCGAGUACAUGCUCCAGGAGAGCUUAUACCUUGACGAAGGAGACGGUUAUACUCAGGAAGCGCCGCCUCCGCCGUAUCCAUCGCGCGCGCCACCUCCACAACCUCCCGCUCUCGCCAAGUAUCAUAUCUAUAAUGAUCCUCUAGAGUUCGCUGACAUGGAUCAGAUAGCUAUUUCGGUAGCUCAAGAAGAUCAAAAAACGUUCACGGACUUAGUUCGACAGUUGGUGAGCAGAUGCGGAUCGGAUAUAGAAAAGGCAAGAACAAUAUUUCGAUGGAUCACCGUGAAAAAUCUCAACACUAUGCAGUUUGAUGAAAACUUACGAGGUGACACUCCCAUGGGAUUGUUACGGGGCAUCAAACACGGCACGGAAAGUUAUCACGUUCUGUUCAAACGAUUGUGCAGUUACGCCGGCCUGCACUGCGUAGUCAUCAAAGGUUACAGCAAGUCAGCGGGCUAUCAGCCGGGCGUUUGUUUCGAAGACAACCGAUUCCGAAAUAGUUGGAACGCUGUAUAUGUAGCAGGUGCGUGGCGAUUUGUCCAGUGUAAUUGGGGAGCGCGACACCUUGUCAAUGCCAAAGAGGUACCCCGUCCCGGUCAAGCAAAGGCCAAAAAUGAUAGCCUCAGGUACGAGUAUGAUGAUCAUUACUUCCUAACGGAUCCUCGGGAAUUCAUAUACGAGUUCUUUCCUUUGCAAGAAGAGUGGCAGUUGCUCAAACAACCGAUUUCACUUAAAGACUUUGAGGAAUUGCCUUUUGUGCGCUCUCUAUUCUUCAGGUACGGCCUUUACUUUCCGGAUACGAAUACAAAUGCCGUUAUGUACACGGAUUCCACCGGUGCUGCGACCGUGAGGAUAGCAAUGCCGGCACAUAUGCAAUCAUCUCUUAUCUUUCAUUACAAUCUCAAGUUUUACGACAAUGACGGCGAUGGCUACGACGGCGUGUCGCUCAAGCGUUUUGUCAUGCAGUCGGUCGUAGGGAAUAUAGUUGCAUUUCGAGUUCACGCUCCGUGCUCCGGUGCCUUUCUGUUGGACAUAUUUGCCAACGCUGUGACACCGAAGGAAUACUUGACCGGUGAGCCAAUGAAGUUCAAGAGCGUCUGCAAAUUCAAAAUCGCAUGUGAAGAAUUGCAGACGGUGAUGGUACCAUUGCCGGAUUGCGCCAGUGGUGAAUGGGGCCCCACCAAAGCUACCAGAUUAUUCGGACUCAUACCCAUCACUCAUCAGGAGGCUCUUGUGUUUGCCGGACGCGAGCUGGAAAUUCAAUUUCGCAUGUCAAGGCCGUUGACGGACUUUAUGGCGACUCUGCACAAAAACGGGAUCGAAGAGAAACGUCUGUCCAAGUACGUGACGCAUUCCAUCGCCGACGACGACGUGGUCACCUUCUCUAUAAGCUUUCCCGAGGAAGGCCAAUAUGGCCUAGAUAUUUACACUAGGGAGUCCACAGUUUCGCCUGCUACACAGCAUGACGUCACUGGCGAGAAGCAUCUGCUCACGCAUUGCUGCAAAUAUCUCAUCAACUCCAGCAAGAGGAAUUGAGAGAGAGCUUGCGCUUCUUUGAAUUUUUAUUUUAUUUGAAAAUUUUUGCCAGUUACGGAUAAUUCAUAUGCUAGUUACGGACAGCUUCUUCAAUGUUUGUUAAAACGACAAAGUAUGUUCCUUUUAUGUGGUGCUUAUGAAACGUUUUCUACGAUAAAACAACAUCGGAGUUUUUUUCUCCAAAAGCUUGUCUUAUUCUAAGAAAAAAACGACGUCGAUAUUUUUGCCGCAAGAUUGUUUCAAAAAGUGCAAUUGCUCACUCUUCAUCAGUGAAUCCGUGCUGUGCAAGUAAAUAACGAAUCGAAGAAAGAGGCCGAGAAGUGGAGACAAGGAAGACAAUUGUGAAAGCCGUGACGGUUUGCGUCAUUCUUUAAGGACUACUUUUAGGUUGCGCAGAUUGGACGACACGGCAUGCAAUUCCGAGCUGACACGCUACCUCGAGAGUCUAACAAUAGGCUUACGACUUGAAAAUAAUGAUUAAUGUAGAACUAAACUAUCCGGUCCCCGUAGGGCCUCAAGUCGCGUCUUCGUACUUUAAGCAAGCGGUGUAAUCUUAAUUAUCAUCUGAACAUUCAAUACUUUUGGUACACGCUUGAAAAGAUCGUGUGUAUUUGUGUUAUUUAUAUCGAGUUAUAAUAAUUCUCUUCCGUCAUGCUUUUUACGUAAUGUGUUAAAUAAAUUAUUGCGAUCCUUGAUUCUUCUUUGUAAGGAUUUCACAUAAUAGCUUUACUUUCACUAAGAGAUUUAUAUUUAUCGCUAAUACUAUGCGCGCGCACGAUAUAUUUUAGUACUGUUGUGUGUAUUUCCUCGGUCAAUUUAUAUUAGGAUAAAUUUAUAUUAAGAUAAUACGUGACGCGCAUGUAUUGAAUUGAGUAUAAUAUAUAUUAAGAAAACAUACAUAAUAUAUUUUAAAAUAAAUAGAAAAAAGGAAGUGACGCGCUUCCGUACAUGUACGUAUACGAUUAUUACGGUUUGAAAAUAUUUGAAAAUAUAUCAUCAACAAACAUCAAUA